UAUCAACGACUAGGAACCGAGAUGAAUCCGUACGGUGUAACUACUCCGUACAUUCUUCAGAGGUGCCACUAAACUUUGCCUAGAUUCCCGUAUGGGUGGUGCAUGAUUGAUGCAGAUUCGUGUUAACUACGCUGUUACUGUUGGGUUGAGCGGUAGCUUACAAAUCAUCCAGGGCCUGGUUAAAUAUUCGUUUAUGAGACGCUGCUUGAGCCACACACUCCGUCCGGAUCUGAACUGCCCAGUCAAGCCCUAUCAGCCGAUGUCAUCGAUUGCUCGCCAGUGAGCCCACAGCCACAGCAAGUUGGGAAUAAUAACAACUUUUAACUAGCCACGGCGAAUCACCAGCCGAGAAAGCCAGGAAAAACCAGCCAUCGCCAAGCUGCUAGCUGGGGCGGGGUGGUCCCGCGGUCUCAGACGCUUCAGCUGUGAUGGAAUCGGGUUAGCAGUCAUGGCCGUUUUUGCUGGCCCCCUUCGCCGCAAGUACCUAGGAAGGCGUGGAUUCUGUUGCGAUGGUCAGGAGUGGAUGGAUUGAUGACCACUGCCCCGCCUUGAGUAGCGCGGUGCGCCUCCCAGAUGACACCAAGGAGGAGGAUCUCUGCGGUGGUAUUCUAUAGGGGCCGCCAGGUGUGGGCGGGGGACCUUAAUAAGUAACUAGUAUAAAGAGUAGGACUGUCCCUGUUCCUCUGCCCAUUUCACCAACUUCUCCCAUCAUCCUUCCAUCCACACCAAGUCCGUCUUGCCAGAUAUCCUUGAGAUACGAUACCCCGUAUUAAAAAUCCAACCUUUCCUCCUUUGAAUACUCUCUCUCUCUCUCUCUCUCUCCCUCUCUCUUGACCAUCUGCAGAUAAUCAUCUGAUCGUCCAUCUUCUGAUAUCUCCCACGUCCCACGUCCCACCUCCAACCGCUUAUACCCACCAUCAACCAUCAUCAUGUCCGGUCCCUACGAUAACCAGAACCCAAACUACUACGGCCAAGGAGGCUACCCCCCUCAGCAAGGCUACGGGCAACCACAAACCGACCCGUAUAACCAGGGCCAAUAUCCUCCCCAACAAGGCUACGGCCAGCCUGCUUAUGGCCAACAGCCACCACAGCAGCAGUAUGGCGGCGGUGAUCAGCAGGCAUACUACGGCCAACAGCAACAACCGUACGAUCCCAACCAGCAAGCUUAUCAACAACAACCACAAUACGAUCAACAAGGCGUACAACAACAACAACACCAACAAGACGGUGCUCCAGGCGGCGCUCAGCAAGGCGAGCGUGGUAUAGGCGGUGCCCUGACCGGUGGGCUAGCAGGUGGCUUCAUGGGCCACAAGGCCAACCACGGUAUCCUUGGCACAAUCGGCGGAGCGAUCAUAGGCAGCAUUGCCGAGGACAAGCUCAAGGACAAGAAGAAGAAGAAGAAGCACGAUGGGCAUCACCACCAUGGAAGCAGUCAUCACGGCGGCAGCGGGUAUGGUGGAAGCCAGUUUGGCGGCGGCGGAUCCAGCUCGAACUUCCUCGGGUCUGCGGCUGGCUCGCUUUUCGGGAAGAAGUGAGGAAGCGGUGUAUUUAUCAGUUUAACCCCUGUGGAUGCGCUUGUUUGAGAGACUGUAUGUGUAUGUGUGUCUGUUGACACUUGUUGCAUCGCACAUCCUGAUGUUGGGUUUUGCUGUUUCGUUGGCGUCUUUACCUUCGCCUCUUGUGUAAUUUUUUUUUUUUUUUCUUUUAUUCCCUACCUUUCGUCACUUUCUUGUUCUUAUUAAUUGCCGUUGUUUCAUGUAUGGGUUUACCGGAUAUUACGACUGCGAUAACGAUUUCCAUCACUCGUCUCUUUUUUUCCUAUUUCGCGUGCUGAAGAAUUUCAGUCGUCUUCUCAAGUGUACCCCCCUUGUGUUUCUAUGAAUUCGGUGUUGAUUAAUCACUUAUCUUAUGAAGAUUUCAUAUAUAAAAGUGGACCCGUUGAUCGAUUUGCAUACAUCCCGAUCAAGCCCUCAAGAUAAUUUUUCCGUAGAUCCUAUCUGUUGUAAGAUGAAAAAUGAAAAAUAAAGAAAUGUUAACCCUCUUAUCUCGUCGUGUUUUAUAUGCCAUGGCUCAACCUGUGUUCCAAAAGUAGUUUAGCGUGCAGAAGUUGCUGGCCCAUACAAUUUCUAUCUCCAA